CUUGACCUGUUGUGUUGACUCAAUUAAAUAAUAUAUAUAGAUUUAAAAUGGACGACUCACAGUCCAAGUUUAGGCCUCUCCUAGAUGAGGCAACACCUACCGUACAGAAGGUUGACCCUGAAAGCAAGUCUGAGACUAGCGAGAAGGAUAUCUUAAUAUCUACAAAGAAACCAAGACUACAUCCAGGUUUGUCAGGAAGCUUAGCAAAAGCUGAGGCUUAUGCCCUCAAACACGCAUCAGGUAGGAAUCUUGAAGAUGAUUCAGAUGAGUCUGAAAUGGAUGAUGCUUUCAAACAAACUCUUGAAGAUGCAACGCCAAAUACAAAGAGAAAACUACUUGAUGAAGCUGAAGAUGAGAAAAAGGGCAAGAUAGGUCCAGUAGCUACUUUCUUUACACUCAUUAAAGGAUUUGUCGGAACUGGAAUUUUAUUUGUCCCAAAGGCUUAUUAUACUGGAGGAUGGGGAUUCAUGUCAAUUGCCUUAACCCUAAGUGCCCUGCUUACCUGCUUCGCCUCUGUAAAGCUUAUCCAGAUUAGGGCUAAGUACAAAAUGAAUUACUCUGAGAUAGGCUUUAAAGCUUAUGGAGCGUUUGGGAAAUUCCUGGUUGAUUUCUUCUUAUUGCUCACCCAAUUCCUAUUUGUGACUGCUUAUAUUACAUUUAUCGCAAAUAGUAUGAAUAAUGUUCUCAGAGAACACUUUAAUUAUGAGCUUAACAAAUGGAUCUAUGGAGGGAUCUUGUUCGUUUUAUUUAGUUUGAUGUGAUGGGUCAGAAAAAUUGAGAAAUUUGCAAUCUUCCAUAUUUUUGCCGAUGUAUCCAUCGUAAUUGGUAUCACAGUUAUCUGUGUGUAUGGAGUGAAGGAAGGAGUCCAGAACGGAUUUAAGACAGACAAUAAUUUCAUUAAUACUGAUACAUUUUUGACAGUUAUUGGAUUUGCAGCCUAUUCAUAUGAAGGAAUUGGUCUAAUACUGCCAAUCAUGGAGACCACAUCAAGACCAGAUAUCUAUCCUCACAUCCUAGUGGGAGUUAUACUCUUAUUAAACUGUAUAUUUAUGUUCUUUGGAAUCUUACUAUAUUUUUCCUUCGGAAGAGACAAAAUUAGCUCUAAACCUUUGGUCACCGACAUCUUACCUUCAAAAGAUAUCCCAAUCACAAUUGUUGAGAUAAUAUGGGUGAUCAAUAUUAUUUUGACAUAUCCACUCAUGUUUUAUCCCUCCCAUAAAGUUUUUGAGAGUUAUGUGUAUGCUGGGUUUAAGAAAGGGCAGCUACGUAAAUGGCUCAAAAACUUAACAAGGACCAUAUUUGUCUCAUUCACAGUCGUCUUAUCUCUUAUCCUUGCUGAUACACUUGAUAAACUAGAAUCCAUAAAUGGAGCAUUUGCCUGUAUUCCGAUGGCCUUUGUGCUCCCAUGUUUGUUCCAUUACAAACUUUUAGCAGAGACCAAACUUCAAAAAAUUAUUGACUUGACAAUAGUGGGAUGCAGUCUUGUCCUAAUGGUUGUAUGCUCAGUGAUGACGUUCCUCAAAUGGAAUGAUUAG